UGAAUUAAUUUUUUUUUUCUUUUUUUUUUUGCUUGUCAAGAUUUCUGAGGAUUAGUCUAGCCCCCCACUACGCCACUGUAGUGUAUGUCUAACGGAAAAGAGGACCCCAUUGUUAACGUUAUGAACAUGUUGAUAAACGGAAAUUCAACAUCCCUCUAUGAAUAUGAAUUAUGAGCACGUGUUUGUGGGGAAAAUUAAACAAUAUGGGUUUGUAUAUAUUUUGGCUAGGAACAGGGGGACGAGUGUAUAUGCACAUAUAUCUUCGUAUGUAUAGUUGUCGACAUAUUCUAUUCUAUUCUAUAUAUAUAACCAUCCAAUUAUGCAGUUCUCAGUUCGUGGACAUCAAAGUUAUGAUACUUUGUCCAACUCUAAAGAAAGUUCCACGUUAAAGAACAAAGAGCCAGAGACAGGAAUAGCAGAUCAAUUUGGUUACAUCCUGACAGCGCCAAAAGAUUACAGAGCAGAAGCAGUAUUAGCAACAAUCUUCUGUUUCUUUCCGCUAGGAAUAGUAGCCCUAAUUUAUUCCUACAGGGUGAAAUAUCAUUACAAGAAUAACAGACUGAUUGCCGCAUACUCAUCGUCUAAGGUUGCUCAAGUUCUGAGUAUUGUGGCUACCAUCAUUGGUUUGAUUCUUUGGUUUGGUGGAACUAUUUUUUACUUGACACAGAGAUAAUCAACACAUGCUAUAAUGUUCCAAGUUUUGAUAUUGAAAACAAUAUAACUUUCUUUUCUCUAAUUUAUUGAACUUUAUUUCAUUUUCACUUUAUAACUUUUAUAUGAUGCUAGAUGUUUAUAUAUGUGUUCAUGGAAUGAUUUGUGUUUUUGAAGUACAUACAUGUAAAUGAAAAUAUCUAUGUUUAUGACUUGUAUAAUAUAAACUACAUUUUAAAUGAAAACUAUUUUAGUAUGAUUACAUGUUUAUAUGAUAAAAGUAAAUGUGAGGUGGGUUUUUAACUGUGUUUUUUGGUUUUAAAAUAUCCCACCUUUACAUAACUACAUUAACAUUAAAAACAGCCCUCAUGCAAAUAAAUAUAUAUCUACAAAGGUACCGUAUAUCUAUAGACAAGUAUAAUGCUAAAUAAUGGAUUUUCAUUCAGGAAAAAAAGGAAAAGGCAUACCAAAGUAGAUAUUUUGGAUUUAAAAAAGCAUAUAAAUUUAAACUGUUCUUUGCUGAAAGGUUCUGUAUUUAUAAUGAAAA